AUAUAAGCUAAAGCGACGAAAAUCGAUUCUGAUUGGCUGUUGAGAGGGAACUUUGAUAACUCAGGGAACGCGAAGUGGUUGGCACGGGUUUCUGCUUGUGGUUGUGCCAAAAACCUGUUUCUGUAUCUCCAAGCUCGUAGUUUGCAGGUUGUUGUCUUCCCCUCAUUUUCUGCCGCCACUGCGAACAACGGCGCGAAGGUUAUAUACAAGUUGAAGGUGCAAUUGUCUCGAAACUAGACACACGGCUUCAAUGACAUUCGAUGGAAGGUUUCCUUUGAUGAGUGAGUGGCAUGCAGUUUCGACUGGGCCGUGGAUCUGUUCAGUGCGUGGAUUUUUACGAUCUUCGUUUCGAUACCUCGAUCUUGGUCAGAGACGCGGAUCGGUGUUUUUAAGUAUUCGAAUUAUUGGUUGUUUGGAUUUGGAUGUUUGUGUAUGUUUCAAAAUGUAUCAAAAUGUAUCAAAAAACAAUAUGCUAAGGUGUUGUUUUUGGCUGCUGUCGCGCGUUCUCGAUGGGACUCUUCGCGAAACCAAUGGUUUCAUGGCAAGCUCGGAAUCUUCCCAUUCGUCUUCCAACAACGCGCCCUACGCCGCAGCAGCAGCAACAAUUUAGUGGCCGACACCGUGGAAACACGAAAUGUAUCAUCUCGAUCAACAAGGAGGAAUACAUGAAGAUGAUGAUUGAAAAGGAUCAAAAAACCGAUUUGGCAGCAAGGAGGAUCGUGCACAAUGUUUGCGACAUUGUAAUCAUGCGCAGUGUAAGGUUGGCGGCAGCGGGAAUCGUGGGCAUUUUGAAUAAGAUUGGGGGCGAGGCUUUCAACUCGAUGGAUUCAAGGACAUUCACAAAUCUGCACUGGAACUCCCAAGUGCCUCAACAACUUGACACAUAACGAAUUGUGGUGGCCGUGGAUGGAGGGCUGCAUGAGCACUGCAUCAAAUACCGAGUUUAUAUGCGAGCUGCUGUGAAUGAUAAUAGCAUUUGUUGUAAUAUUUACAUCUACAAGGCAUUAGAAUGUAAGGAAAUUGUUUUCAUGAUGCUUGAUUACUGUUGUCUCACCUUAUUCUGUAUGUGCGUGGUUCGUCUCAGGUGGGCUGUCUACACGGCAUCACAAGUCUCUCUCACGACCCGACAAGUUCACACCUCAUUGCCUUAUGCACAUUAAUAUAGAGCUUUCAGAGUUCGGAGAUGCAUAGAGAUCAAAAACUAGAAGUAAGUAGAUGAAUAUAUAUGUAGCAUGUAGUUGAAAUAUAUAGGAUAUAUAAGUAAAUAAAUGAGCAUAUUUAUAGUGCAUCAUUAUAUAUAGGAUAUGAGCCAUUUUUCUUUGUGCUAAGUAAUCACCAUUGUUAUAAAACCAUUAUUGGUUAAACAUACCUUUUAUAAUAAAAUUAGAUUUCAUUCUAUUAUAA